AUGUCUUCAAUGGUCUGCACACGUCUAGCGACCGGCCUCACGGCGCGGAGGACCUCGGCGUGGACAAAGUGCCGGACAGCCGCUGGUGUGGUAUCGCAGCGGAGGAAGCUCUCUUCCGGCUAUGAAGGGUUGAGUUUCAGCCAGGGCCCGAGUGAGCCCCCGCUCCUCACACAAACCAUCCCGGAACACUUCUCCCAGAUUGUCUCCCUGCACGGCGACCUCCCCGCCGUCAUUGCGCGCGCGCCCACCGCCCUCACCUCCUCGCCAACCUCCACAUCGGCCCCUCUGCCGCCGGCCUCAACCACGACCCUGACAUACGCCUCACUCGAUGCCCUCUCCAACACCCUCGCCUCGUCCCUCCGCGCCCUCGGCCUUCGCAAGGGUGACCGCCUCGCCGUGUCCCUCGGCAACGGCGCUGAGUUUGCUGCCCUGACCUACGCCGCCUUCAAGCUCGGCGUCGUGCUAGUCCCGCUGAACCCGGGGUUCAACGCGAAGCAGGUCGGCGCGGCGCUGCGGCACCUCGGCGUCGAGGUCCUCGUCAUUGGCAAGGUCACGGACCUGCCGUACAAGCCGUGCCGUGGGCGAAGCAACCUCGACCUCCUACGGACGCUGGUACCAGAUUUGGACAAGGGCAAGGUAGAGAGUGAGCAGGUGCCGAGCCUCAAGACCGUCGUGGUGCUGGACAACGCGGCCUCGCACCCGAUGGUGGACUUCCCCGCGUUCAGGGCGCUGACGCCUUACGAGGCGUUGCUGGAGGGCUCAGACAGGCCUAUUGUGCCGGACGCGCCGCUGGAACCGUCGGAGACGAUCAACAUUCAGUUCACGUCCGGGACGACGUCGCAGCCCAAGGCGGCGAUGCUGACGCACACGGGCAUCCUGAACAACGGCUACCUGAUCGCCAAGCGGAUGGGGCUCGUGCCGGGGGACAGGAUCGUCGUGCCGCCGCCGCUUUUCCACUGCUUCGGGUGCGUGCUGGGGUACAUGGCGACGGCGACGUCCGGGGCGGGGAUCCUGUUCCCGAGCCCAGCGUUCGACCCGGCGGCGACGGUGAAGAUGGUAGCGGAUUACGAUGCGACGGGGCUGUACGGGGUGUCGACCAUGUUCGUGGCGGUGAUGGAGGCGCUGGCGGCGGGAAAUGUGGCGAGACCCGAGGACAUGCCCAAGGGGCUGCGCAAGGGGAUCGCGGCGGGGAGCUCGGUGCCCGAGAGCCUUAUGCGGAGGCUGUACGAGACGCUGGGGCUGCGGGACCUGGUCAUCUGCUACGGGAUGACGGAGACGAGCCCCGUGAGCUGCAUGACGGCGCCGGACGACGCGUUCGAGAAGCGGACGGGGAGCGUGGGGCGGGUGAUGCCGCACACGGCCGUCAAGAUUGUCGACCCGCUGGACAGGGGGCGGAUCGUGCCGAGAGGGGAGAGGGGGGAACUGGCGGCGGCGGGGUACCUCGUGAUGAAGGGGUACUGGGGCGACGAGGAGAAGACGAGGGAGGUCCGGCAGGCUGAGGAGGACGGGCGGGUGUGGAUGUACUCGGGCGACGAAGCGUGCAUGGACGAGGAGGGGUACGUCGAGAUCACGGGGCGCAUCAAAGACCUCAUCAUCCGCGCGGGGGAGAACAUUCACCCGCUGGAGGUGGAGAACUGCCUGUUUCAGAUGGACGGCGUCAAGGAGGCCGCCGUGGUGGGCGUGCCGGACGAGAAGCUCGGGGAGAGCGUCGCCGCCUUCGUCGUUGCGCGGAAGGGGUGGACCGUGGACGGGAAGGGGGACGGAGAAAAGGCCAUCACGAAGGGGGAGAUCCAGCAGUGGGUGCGGGAGCACUUGUCGAGCCAUCUUGUGCCGAAGCAUGUGUUUUGGGUCGACGAGUACCCCAAGACGCCGAGCGGGAAGAUUCAAAAGUUCAAGCUGAGGGACAUGGCCAAGGGGCUGCUCGAGGCAGAGGAGCAGUCAUAA